AUGUCUGUCAACGUAAGCUCGUCGCGGGACUGGAUCAAGGCUAGACCUGACCACUGCAGAGCCUGGCUGGCAAUCAUGGAGGAACCGUCUACUCCUGCACCUAUACCACCUCUUGAAGUACGAUUUGUGCAACCGCAUCAUUUCUACAAUAAUGCAGAGAUCAAACUCAACGAGUCGCAACGUUUGACGCCCAUGGAGGACCCUUUAGCUGCAAGAGGGACGCCAGUCUUCAAGCCUACAUGGGAAGAAUUCUACGACUUUGAGAAAUAUAUGGAAGCCAUUGCGCCUUGGGGCCUACGAAGUGGAAUCGUCAAAGUCAUCCCUCCAGCCGAAUGGAAAGCGGGUUUGCCAGACGUUCGACAACGUCUUGACGAGAUCAAAAUUAGACAUCCCAUUGAACAAAACAUGGUCGGGAUAUCCGGGCUAUUCCGCCAGCAAAAUAUCGAGAAGCGUCGCGUAUACAGCCUGCGGGAAUGGUUUGAAAUUGGAAUGAGCGAGGAGCUCAGGUCUCCAGGAAUUGAUGCAGUCAACAAGGAUCGAAGUGCGGCCCCAACUCAUAGUGUACGAAAGGCAAAGCCAGCGCGGAAGGAGCUCAGUUCUGCAUCUGAAAAGACGGAAAGUCACAUGAACGCUACGAAGGAAGAACUGAGUGCAGAUCUCAAGAUGGCUUCGCCUCGUCGAAGCAAGCCAUCUGUUCAACAGCUCGAAUCCGUAUCCCCUCGUCUAAAUACACCGUCCGCUAUGGACCCCUCAGCAGCCAAUAUUUCAGAAGCUGCGACCCCAAGUGUCGACCCUAGCUCUCAGCCCGGCGAUGCUGUGAUGUCUUCCGCACCUCCAGAGACAAUAACCAGUGAAGAUGCAGAACGUAUCGCCGCAGAGCAACUCAAAAUUGCCAUUGCGAAACAGCGAAAGGCGGAACGUGCUGCUCAGCGCUCCGACCUCGAUGCUGUAUUCCUUGCGAAUUUUGACCCAGAGACGUCUUGGUUACCUCCUGGUACAUCCGCUGCCGACUUUGCCUCUCCAGAGUUUGCUGCAGCACUCGAGCGACUGUACUGGCGCAAUUGUGGUCUCGGAAAGGCCGCCAUGUAUGGAGCAGAUAUGCCAGGGAGUCUCUUCUCUGAUCAUACGGGACAAAAAGCCCCAGGAAAGCUGUAUAAAGGCGUCAAGGGGAUGGAAGGACCGAUUCCGUGGGACGUCAGCAAUCUGCCGAGUGCAUUAUCUCGACUGAUACCACGGGGAAAGAAGAUCCAAGGCGUGAAUACACCAUACCUUUACCUUGGCAUGUGGCGAGCAACCUUUGCAUGGCACGUUGAAGACAUGGAUCUCUACUCGAUCAACUACAUUCACUGGGGUGCUCCAAAGCACUGGUAUGCUGUUCCGCAAGCCCGAGCGAAUGCUCUGGAAGGCGUCAUGAAGCAGUUCUUCCCCAGCGACAAGAAUGGGUGCCCUCAAUUCCUCCGACACAAAUCUUAUCUUGCUUCUCCAACUGCUCUCAAGUCUGCCUCUAUAAAACCAAACACUCUUGUACAGACAGCUGGCGAGUUUGUCAUCACUUAUCCUCGAGGGUAUCAUGCUGGAUUCAACAUGGGUAUCAAUUGCGCAGAGUCGGUUAAUUUCGCAUUGGACAGCUGGCUGGAGCUGGGUCGGAAAGCUCGUUUUUGUCGAUGUGUAUCUGACAGUGUUCAGAUUGAUGUCGAUGCACUCUUAGCAGAGAAGGCUCGUAUUGAACAAGAAGAGCAGGCUGGAAUUCGCAGACCUGCGGUCGAACCACGGAUGGCCAAGCUACAUGCUGGACCCCCACCACAGGCUCAUAUUGCGCCUGCUGGCGCCCCUCGGCCUCGCAAACGCAAGCACUCCGAUAUUCAUGGUGACCCUCUAUCUCUCCCAGCGCCAUCUUCUGCAUUCCCUUCCAAGAAGAAGAAGUCUGAAGUCUCCGCGGAAGAGCUCCCCUGUUGUCUUUGCAUCUCGCCAUCUCGCGAGGAACUCCUUCCCGUCAAUGAUCCACCUUUCCCUAUGAUGAACGUUGCGGUGCCAAGAACGAAAGAUGGGACGGUGUCCUGGAUGGCUCACGAGACAUGUGCCAAAAUCAUUCCGGAGACGUGGGUGGACGACAUAGAUGGCUCAAAGCGAGUGUUUGGAGUGGAUUCUAUCAUCAAGGAUCGCUGGAGCUUGAAAUGCGCAGCUUGUACGAUACCAGAUCUCAAGGCUCAUGGUGCUCCAUUGCAGUGCAUAAUGGGCAAGUGUUCGAAGGCAUAUCACGUUUCCUGUGCUCGCGAACAGAAAUCUGGGGCCUCAUACGAGGAAGUAGAGGUGGAAGAACAUCAAGUCCUUGCCAAUUUCGACGCUACAAAUGGUAACGACGCGGGAGGUGGCCCGGAGACGGUAGACGAAGCGGGCCGUCGUGUUCUAAAGACUAUCACCAAGCUCAACGUCGCUAUCACCUGCGCUCAGCAUAACAAGAAUCGAAAUCAAGCAAAGCGCAAAGAAAAGACCGACGCAUUUAUUCGUGGAAUUUCGGCUAUCCCUCCUUACGCUCGCAUUAGGAUCAAGCUGCCCAGUGGGCUGUUCGAAGUGACCUUGGUCAGUGUAGACCAACAGAAGGAAGAAGUUGAAGUUAUUUGGACAACCGGAUCAACACGUCGUUGCAAAUGGAGUACGAUCGUUUGGGAUCAGGAUGGUCCGAAAUAUACGAUGCCUCUUGUCGCAAUAUCCGCUACUGAUAUUUCCUCUACCACUACGAAUGGCUUACUAGAUGGAACUGGGCUUAAUGGCGUUCAAGGAUCUAUAUCAUCUGCUAUUGGAUCGUAA